AGUGAGUGAGUGAGUGAGUGAGUGAGUCACUUGGCAUUUAAGAUGGAUAAUGUCCUGGGUCUCUGAGGGGCUCAGAGUGAGUGUAACUAGCCCAUAGAGGGAUAAUGUGUUACAGAUACUACACCAUCUCAGAUAGAGGAGAGAUUCACAUUUGUACUGAGAAGACUGACUGUGGGGGGGUAUUUUUGUUGGGUUUUUUUUGUUCUCAUUAGGAUGAAGUGGCUGUUGUGUUUGAAUCUGGCCUGCCACAUAUUUUAUUGUGGGGUUCUGAUUUAAUUGGUAAGAUUAUGUGGGAUUUUGUUGUGUGGGGAAUUUUGGGUUUAAGAAAGGAAUAUGCUGAGAAGAGGCUUGUUAUAUCCAUUUUUAUCUUCUCUUUUCUACUGAUAUACAGUGUUCUGUGUACUAAAAGGUCAUAUCCAAUAAUAAUAAUAAUUAUGUCAUUGUCAUGAAUGGCCCCCUCCUGGCGUCCCGGUUUCCGUGGUUUCCCGGUCAUAUCUGUUUUCCUUUGCUUCCUUGCUGUUCUUUGGUUUAGUUUUCACCGCCCCUCGUCUGCUCCUUCCUUCCGGUCCAUGUUCACCUGAAUCUGUUUAUUGCCAACUUGUCCUGGUUAUCUGAGCCCUGUGUUUGGGUUUCUAUGUUGUCGGUUAUGUUGUCCGUAAAUCACGUUCCUUCUGUUAUUAUAGGUUCCUUCUGUUAUUAUAGGUUACUUCUGUUAUUAUAGGUUUCUUCUGUUAUUAUAGGUUCCUUCUGUUAUUAUAGGUUACGCUCCCAGUACUGUCGUCACCCUUGCUUUCACUAGUUCAUGUAAUAGUUGUUUGCUAGUUCAUGUAAUAGUUGUUUGUCUAGUUCAUGUCAUGCCUUGCUGCAGUGUUUUCUCCAGGCCUCUGCUUAUUUUGCCCUUCGUGUUUGUGGUUCCCUCGUUAAUAAACUGCAUAUGCACGCUGCCUCUCGUCUACUUGGGUUGGAACCGUUUGUCUUAUACACAUUUAUGACGUCCGAGUGGUCAUUAAUUACUCUGUAGUGAGGCUGGAAGUUCUCAGUGGAAUCUGGUUGUGUCCUGCUGUAAAGGACACCUAGAUAGCUCACUCAUAGAUAGCUCACUCAUAGAUGGCUCACUCAUAGAUGGCUCACUUAAUGUUUGAAUACAGUUUUCAUAUGAUGAAGAACCUGUUUGCUUCCUUCUUCUAAUGUAAGAGCACUGCAGUGAUUAUUCUUACUGUUUCUUGUAUCUUUAUUUCCUCUGCAUGGCCUUUAUUUAACAUAAAAUGUAAAUGAUCCAUUGUUAUGUAACCAGCAAUGCUAAUAGACAUUUACUGCUAUUCUUUUACUGCUAGGUUGUGUUCUGUGUUUAUUAUACAAAAUAAUCUGUUUAUUUAGGACUCCUAUAUUUUUCUUACAAUGUAGAAUAUGCAUUAAUAGAACUAUUAAUGUGAUCUAAUGUAAAAUUGGUUGUACUGCUGCUAGGAGGUGGUAUUCAUAGUUUAUUUUUGUUUAUUAUUAUUAUUAAACUGCAUCAUGUAGUUUUCUGAUGUACCAAAUACAGGUAAACAAAUACAUUUUCUUUCCACAAUACUUGAAACACAUGCCCAGCAUUCAGCCAUUAAGAAGAUUCUUUGUCAUAUGCACAUGUCAUGGACGUCCACACACACAUGUUUACUGUGAGGCUUAUUAUCUAAAUUACAAUCAUCUGUAAGUUAGAUCUACAAAGUGGUUUAAGUUCCGAAGUGUUUCAACGUGCCGACAUAGUGAUUUACUCUCAGCGCGACCGCAAAACAAGUCCGUGUAGGAGGGACUGUGAUUCCCAUUGUUUGUAUAGUCUAUGAUUGGAUGCAGAAAAAAAAUGAUGGACAGCUACGUUUUGGCUGCAGAUAGUCUUAAUAAAAAAUGACCGACAUAAGAAAGCUGUUGUGUAAUUGUCUUCAUGUGCUCCACUUUCCCACUGGUGUUCCUGUAGUCUCUCCCAUCUCAAGAAAACGAAAGUAUUUUCUGAACUGUUUGGGAGGAAAGUUGAAAGUUGGGCGGAUUGGAGAUACGCGCGUUUAAAAUAUUUCACGCGGGGGGAGCCAGAGAGCGGCAAUUCCAGCACCCAGCUGUGUGUCUAUGAAGAGUGAAUCAUCUCCAGCACCCAGCUGUGUGUCUAUGAAAAGUGACAGGUCCAUGGAUAAGUCUAUUAACUUCAGUAGUGGACCUGUGCCCUCAGUCCUAUGCGGGGGGAGCCAGAGAGCGGUAAUUCCAGCACCCAGCUGUGUGUCUAUGAAGAGUGAAUCAUCUCCAGCACCCAGCUGUGUGUCUAUGAAAAGUGACAGGUCCAUGGAUAAGUCUAUUAACUUCAGUAGUGGACCUGUGCCCUCAGUCCUAUGCGGGGGGAGCCAGAGAGCGGCAAUUCCAGCACCCAGCUGUGUGUCUAUGAAGAGUGAAUCAUCUCCAGCACCCAGCUGUGUGUCUAUGAAAAGUGACAGGUCCAUGGAUAAGUCUAUUAACUUCAGUAGUGGACCUGUGCCCUCAGUCCUAUGCGGGGGGAGCCAGAGAGCGGCAAUUCCAGCACCCAGCUGUGUGUCUAUGAAGAGUGAAUCAUCUCCAGCACCCAGCUGUGUGUCUAUGAAAAGUGACAGGUCCAUGGAUAAGUCUAUUAACUUCAGUAGUGGACCUGUGCCCUCAGUCCUAUGCGGGGGGAGCCAGAGAGCGGCAAUUCCAGCACCCAGCUGUGUGUCUAUGAAGAGUGAAUCAUCUCCAGCACCCAGCUGUGUGUCUAUGAAAAGUGACUGGUCCAUGGAUAAGCCUAUUAACUUCAGUAGUGGACCUGUGCCCUCAGUCCUAUGCGGGGGGAGCCAGAGAGCGGCAAUUCCAGCACCCAGCUGUGUGUCUAUGAAGAGUGAAUCAUCUCCAGCACCCAGCUGUGUGUCUAUAAAAAGUGACUGGUCCAUGGAUAAGCCUAUUAACUUCAGUAGUGGACCUGUGCCCUCAGUCCUAUGUGACCAGAAGAAGCCUGUAAACAUUUCUAAAGAAAAGCUGGAGUCAGUGUUCAAGGAGCUGGAGGACAAAAUCAUCUCUCUGGUGAAGAAUGAGCUGAAGAGAUUUAAGAGUCUACUGAGUCCAGAUUACCCAGCAUGCCCUGAGAGACAGGUGGAGGAUGAGGGGGUGCUGAAGAUUACACUGCACUUCCUGAGGAACAUGAACCAGACAGACCUCGCUAACACACUACUGACCAAACUGGCCCCUGCUUGCCACAGAAAGCUCAAAUCCAAACUGAGGAACAAAUGUCAGAAGAUUCAUGAAGGAAUCUCACAGCAGGGAACCACAGCACUUCUGAAUGAGAUCUACACAGAGGUCUACAUCACAGAGGGAGGGAGUGGAGAGGCCAAUAAUGAACAUGAGGUGAGACAGAUUGAGGCAGCAUGCAGGAGACCAGAAACACAGGAGAUACCCAUCAAAUGCAAUGACAUCUUUAGACCCUUACCAGGACAAAACAAAGCCAUCAAAACUGUGCUGACUAAAGGAGUGGCUGGAAUUGGUAAAACAGUCUCUGUGCAGAAGUUCAUACUGGACUGGUCUGAAAGAAGAGCAAAUCAGGAUGUUCUCUUCAUAUUUCCACUUCCUUUUAGGGAGCUGAAUUUGAUGAAGGAGAAAAAGUUCAGUCUGGUGCAGCUUCUUCAUUGCUUUUUUCCAGAAACAUGUGAAUUAAAACCCAAAUAUUAUACAAACUACAAAAUACUGUUCAUCUUUGAUGGUCUGGAUGAGUGUCGACUUCCUCUAGAUUUCAAGAACUAUGAGAGAUUGUGGGAUGUAACAGAGGUGACCUCAGUGGAUGUGCUGCUGACAAACCUCAUCAAGGGGAAUCUGCUUCCCUCUGCCCUACUCUGGAUAACCUCUCGACCAGCAGCAGCCAAUCAGAUCCCUCCUGAGUGUGUUGACCAGGUAACAGAUUUACGAGGCUUCAAUGACCCUCAGAAAGAGGAAUAUUUCAGGAAGAGAAUCAGUGAUCAGGGCCUGGCCAAUAGAAUCAUCACACACAUGAAGUCAUCAAGAAGCCUCUACGUCAUGUGCCACAUUCCAGUUUUCUGUUGGAUUGCAGCCAGAGUUCUAGAGACAAUGUUAGGUGAAGCAGAGAGUGGUGAGAUCCCCAAGACUCUGACUCAGAUGUUCACACACUUCCUGAUCUUUCAGAUCAAACACACGGACCAGAAGUAUGGACGAAGUACAAAAAGACAAAGUCUCUCUCACCCAAACCACCUGAGAGAGCAUGUUUUGGCACUGGGAAAACUGGCUUUCCAACAGCUGGAAAAAGGCAACCUGAUCUUCUAUGAGGAAGACCUGAGAAAUAGUGGCAUUGAUGUCAGAGAAAUGUCAGUGUAUUCAGGAAUGUGUUCUCAGAUCUUCAGACAGGAGUUUGAGCUCCAGCUGGGGAAGGUGUUCAGCUUUGUACAUCUGAGUGUUCAGGAGUUUCUGGCUGCUGUAUAUGUGUUUAUGUCCUUCAUCUCCACCAACACCAAUGUGCUACAACAGAAACACCCUGGAUUUUUCAGUAUUUCCAAAACCCCAAUGUCUGUCUUCCUCAACAGUGCAGUGGACAAGGCCUUACAGAGUCAAAAUGGACACCUGGACCUUUUCCUCCGCUUCCUUCUGGGUCUCUCACUGGAGUCCAAUCAGACUCUCUUACGAGGCCUAAUGACACAGACAGGAAGAAGCUCUCACAGCAAAGAGGAAACAGUCAAGUACAUCAAGAAGAUGAUCAGGAAGAAACCCUCUCCAGAGAAAUCCAUUAAUCUGUUCUACUGUCUGAAUGAACUGAAUGAUCAUUCUCUAGUGCAGGAAGUCCAAACAUACCUAUGCAGAGGAGGUGACCAUCGUCUCCAUGGAGCCAGACUCUCUCCUGCUCAGUGGUCAGCUCUGGUGUUUGUGUUGCUGAACUCUGAAGAGGAGCUUGAUGAAUUUAUCCUGAGGAAAUAUGACCCAUCAGAGGAAUGUCUGCUAAGACUGCUGCCAGUGGUCAAAGUAUCCAGAAAAGCCAUACUAUCUGGCUGUGGUCUCACUGAAGAGUCCUGCAAAUCUCUCACAUCAAUUCUACAAACAGAAAACUCACUGAGAGAGCUGGAGAUGAAUUACAAUGACCUGCAGGAUUCAGGAGUGGAGCAGCUCUGUGCUGGACUGGAGAGUUCACACUGUAAACUGGAGAUUCUCAGAUUGUCUGGAUGUAUGAUCACAGAGGAAGGCUGUUCUUCUCUGGCUUCAGCUCUGAGGUCAAACCCCUCCCACCUGAAAGAACUGGAUCUGACGUACAACCACCCAGGAGAGUCAGGAGUGAAGCUGCUCUCUGCUAGACUGGAGGAUCCCCACUGCAGACUGGACACACUCAGGUUUGAGCACAUGGCGAAGAUCAGAAUCAAACCAGGCCUAAUAAAAUAUGUGUGUGAUCUCACACUGGACCCAAACACAGCACACAGACGUCUCUCUCUGUCUGAGGGGAACAGAAAGGUGACGUGUGUGUGGGAGCAGCAGCAGUCAUAUCCUGAUCAUCCAGAGAGAUUUGAUGUCUUUCCUCAGGUUCUGUGUAGAGAGAGUCUGACUGGACGCUGUUACUGGGAGGUUGAGUGGAGUGGGGGAGGGGCUGAAAUAUCAGUGACAUAUAAAGGAAUCAGCAGGAAAGGAGGCAGUGAUGACUGUAGGUUUGGAUCUAAUAUAAAGUCCUGGAGUCUGAUCUGCUUUAAUAACAGUUACACUGUCUGUCACAAUAAGAAGGAAACUGACAUCUCUGCCCCCUCCAGCUCCAACAGAGUAGGAGUGUAUCUGGACUGGCCUGCCGGCACUCUGUCCUUCUACAGAGUCUCCUCUCACACACACACACUCACACACUUACACACACUCCACUCCACAUUCACUGAGCCCCUCUAUGCAGGGUUUAGGCUUUAUCGCUAUACCUCAGUGUGUGUGUGUGAGCUAGAAUAG